CAGGGGGCGGGACGUCCGGCUUCGGUUUCCUGGGCGACAGCCGCCGGCUGGUCCGCGCGUGGUCUAGGGGCUUUUGCAGGCAUGGGGACUCCUGCAGGCCUGCAGACUGACUGCGAGGCGCUGCUCAGCCGCUUCCAGGAGACCGAUAGCGUGCGCUUCGAGGACUUCACGGAGCUCUGGAGGAGCAUGAAGUUCGGGACCAUCUUCUGUGGUAGAAUGAGAAAUUUAGAAAAGAACAUGUUUACAAAAGAAGCAUUAGCUUUGGCUUGGCAAUAUUUUUUACCGCCCUACACCUUCCAGAUCAGAGUUGGUGCUUUGUAUCUGCUAUAUGGAUUAUAUAACACCCAACUGUGUCAACCAAAACAAAAGAUUAGAGUUGCCCUGAAAGAUUGGGAUGAAGUCUUAAAAUUUCAGCAAGAUUUGAUAAAUGCACAACAUUUUGAUGCAGCUUAUAUCUUUAGGAAACUGCGACUAGACAAAGCAUUUCACUUUACAGCAAUGCCCAAAUUGCUAUCAUAUAGAAUGAAGAAGAAAAUUCAACGAGCUGAAGUUACAGAAGAAUUUAAGGACCCAAAUGAUCGUGUAAUGAAACUUAUCACUUCUGAUGUGUUAGAGGAAAUGCUGAAUGUUCACGAUCAUUAUCAGAACAUGAAACAUAUAAUUUCAGGUGAUAAAUCCAAUCCAGACAAAGCCCUCAGCUUGAUAAAGGAUGAUUUUUUUGACAAUAUUAAGAACAUAGUUUUAGAGCAUCAGCAGUGGCACAAAGACAGAAAGAAUCCAUCCUUAAAAUCAAAAGUUAAAGAUGGAGAAGAAAAGAGAGAAGGAAAUUCACAAGAAUCAGAGAGAUGUGAAAGGGCAGAAUCCUUAGCGAGAAUAAAAUCAAAGGCCUUUUCAGUUGUUGUUCAGGCAUCCAAGUCAAGAAGGCACCGUCAAGUCAAACUUGACUCUUCUGACUCUGAUUCUGCAUCUGGUCAAGGACAGAUCAAAGCAACUAGGAAAAAAAGAAAUAAAGAAACAUUGAAAUCAGCAGGAAGGAAGAUGUCUUCCAAAAACAGAGAUGACAUGCAGAAUGUACAUAAAGAAGAUAAAUCUUUAAGGCUGAGUAUGCCAGUAAUUACAGAAGAAGAAGAGGACAAUGAAAGUUUUAGUGAAACAGAGUUCACGGCACCCAAGAGGAAAAGAAAAUCCAGAACAAAGAACCUGGUGUAGAGUUCUUAAUUUUGACCUUUCUGAAAGAAGAAAAGAUUAUAUUUUUUGUAUAUUGAACAGGAAGACUGUCAGUAUUAAAAAUAAUUCUUCUGGGAAACUGUAGGUUAUUUCUUUGAAAUGACAAUAUCUUAACAUAGUUCUAUACUAAAGGAACAAAAAAAUAGAAAUAAAAAUUUACUUCAGAAUUUAACUUUAACAUUUCUCUUUAUGAAGUCUGCAUAAAUGGAAAUAAAGUUUGGAUUUAGAAUGUAAAAGAAAUAAUCCUGUUAUGUGCAGAUUAUUACUGUUUCUGAAAACUUUUUGUGAUGUUUUAUUACUACAGUUCUGAUAAUAUUAACUAUUUAAAAUACUUGUUCUUGAAAUAGUAAUGUUUAUUACAUGCAAGUGGUUAAUUAUAUUUAUAGUCUGGUAAUGGAUUUGUUUAUGAUGUGUAUUAACUAUUCUAUAUAUUGUAUGGUUGAGUGCAAUACAAUUUUUGCCUUAUUUGCUUUAUUUUUAAACCUAUGAAACUUCUGUGGUCCGUAACUUAAAUGAUUGAUAAUUUAGGAAGCUCAGUUUCUACUUCUGCAAUCAAUUAAAUAUUCUCUGGUGCUUGUUUCAAAGCUCCCUUUGGCCUAACAUUUAUGAAUGUAUGUAUGUUUGUUUGUGUAUAUAUAGAUACAUGUAGGCAUGUGUCCAUAUGUACAUACAUGAUUAGUUCAGUACAUUAUUUAAAUACAUUUAAAUACUAAUUAUUUCUGACAAAACCUUUAAGAGUGGUAAUGUGAAUUCUAGAAUGUGUCGUACAUACAGAAAAAAAUGUCUAUAGCUUUGUGGAUGCGCCUCUGUUUAAUUUCUCAUUUAAGACCUUUAAAUGGAGAUCACUUAAGUUAUGUUGUUUGAAUUGCUGCCAUUAGCAGACCAUCUCCGACCAUGUAGUUGGCUCCGCCUGUCUUACAGUUGAGUAUACUCCAUGUUGUCUUCUAGCAUUGUAAAUUCAGGAAUUUUGAAAAUGUCCUGUGAGUGAAAAUGUGUGAUAUCUGUCAUCUUUUAAAAUCAAAAUACUAAUACUAGCCCAAAUAAAAUUUUAUAAGAAUCUAUGAUAUCACAUUUGUUAUAAAAAAAAAUUGUUUCCCCUGAUUUCAGAUAUUCCCAGUAGUAGAUGGGGUGGUUUUCAUAAUAUGGACAUUGGGUAGAGCUUCUGGGAUUUAAAAAUUCUAGUGUUGGGGCACUUGGAGGUAUGGAUCUGUUAUUGGCCUCUUGUGUACUAGGUUACUUACUAGAGCUUGUCUGAUCAUUAACAUUUACAGACAUUGUAAAGCUAAAGUUGCCCUCUGUUUUCGCAUAAUAGUAGUUACAAAAUACAAGGUUGUCAUUUCACUUAUACAAUGAAGAAACUCUGUCUUAAGAUGGUAAGUGCCUGGCCCACAUUCACAGCGUUCGUAAGUGAUGCAUCUGGGAUACAAAUACAGGACUCUUGCCUAUAAUUUCAGUGUCAUUUUACAUAAGACAAAAGAACUGGAAAUCCAGAGGAAUACUCUGGACUGUAAGCAAUAAUACCCUAUUUCACAGUGGCUUAAGCAGUAAGGAAAGUUUAAAACCAGUUAAGUCUCAGUGUAGGGUGGGUCUGAGUUAUCAAGUACGUCUGUCCCAUGAUGGCUUCAUAUGCCAGGUUUGGGUCCUCAGGGAAAGCUGUAUUUCUGCGUAGGGAACUGUUCACCAGCCAAGUUCCCAGAUGUCAGCCAGGGACCAGCCUUGCAAGCCAACCUUUCUAAGGAUUGCAGUCUCAGGCCUGCUGGGGUGCCUCUUUUGUGCACAGAUUCGUCUCAUUUUUCACUAUUUCAAACAGUGCUGUGUUGAUCUUCAUGUGUAUAUCUUGGCUCACUUAGGCUGGGAUUUCUGUUGGAUAAACUACACAUGAAUUUGCAUGUUGUACUAUGUGAAUAUAUGUAAAAUUUUGUCAAUUACUGCCAAAUUGAAAUCCAAAAGGACUGCCAAUUUACUUUCCUCCUAACAGUAUUUACAAAGGACUUGCCACGUCUCCGUUACACUUGCUAUCAAUCUGUAAUUUUUGCCAGUUGAAUAUAGCCUGAAUCUUAACAGCAGAAGAUGUAGAAGGACCAUUAAAAGUAACAAAAUUGUAUUAAAUAGUUGCGAGUUGUUAUAUGGCCACAUCUGACACAGUAUAAUGCUUUAGCUGAUAGCAAGUUUUUCAUGAAUAUAUGAUGAUGAUAGCAUGUGAAUCACUUGAUAAUUUGCUUUAAAUAUGAAAUUGAAGUUUAUUAAAUAGAAUUCAAAUAGAAAAUAUUUGUGUUUAACAGUGGGAUUUCAGAAUUAAAAUGUGGUGUCAUAAUACUUGCUACCUACUAAAUUAAGUUCUUUGUAUUGUCAACUUGAUUAUAAUGCUGCUUCAAGUCAUAAAUAUAUGAUUUUAAUAUUAAAUACUAAUUUUUUAUGAGGAAGAGCAGUUGUGUGGCAGUGUUUAUAGUCACAAGAUAUAUUUUAAAACCAUUCCAGGGGUACCUGGGUG